CUCUUGCCGCUUCUUUGGCUCGUGCCGGGAGACGUCAGUUUAGGAGCUGAGUGCGCUCAGCGUCUUCUUGAAGAAAACCUGAGACUAUUAAGGAAAAAGUUCGAAGCGAAGACCUAUCGUUGAGACUGCUGCGUGGGGACUGCACGAGCGACAGUCUCCCAAGAAUCGUGCCUCCUGGACCAAGUCCUGGAACUGAUUAUGAAUGAGCGUCAAACAAAUAUCAACAGCAUUUUUCUUACUGAAGACAUUGACAAACCCCAAAUUGUAAAGAGUCGAGUUCAGAGGUUAAAGCAAGUCAUGCAAAAACGAGCUGCCCACGCCCAGAAAAACAUGACCACCGUUACGAAAAAGAAGGUGCAGAACUUUCUGCAGAGGAAUGCAUUUGUAUUUUUCACUGUAGUGGCUGUAAUACUGGGAAUUGUGUUGGGAUUUGGAUUGCGGUCCUACAACUUGUCCCUUCGUGAUAUAAAAUAUUUUUCCUUUCCUGGUGAACUACUAAUGAGAAUGUUGCAGAUGCUUGUACUCCCUCUUAUUGUUUCCAGUCUUGUAUGUGGUAUGUCAUCUCUUGACAGUAAAGCUUCUGGAAAGAUGGGAAUCCGAGCUGUAGUCUAUUACAUGGUGACUACUUUCAUUGCGGUGUUCAUUGGUAUAGUCAUAGUGAUGAUAAUCCGUCCUGGAAAAGGAAACAGAGACAGCAUGGUCAUGACAGAAAACAAAAUUGAGCAAGUUCAGGCAGCUGAUGCCUUUUUGGAUCUGAUCAGAAACAUGUUUCCACCAAAUCUUGUUGAAGCUUGCUUCAAACAGUACAAAACGCAGUAUACAAAGAGGAUUUUUACAAAGAAUGUCACUUCCUUACCCAAUAAUACCUAUGCCAACAAUGCUUCAGAAUGGUCUGUCCUGGUUAAUGUCUCUCAGGCCAUUCAAAUGCUGCAUGAGACUAUUACCACAGAAGAGAUGGUGCCAGUUGCUGGAUCAGCCAAUGGUGUAAAUGCACUUGGGCUGGUUGUGUUCUCAAUUUGUUUUGGACUGGUAAUUGGGAAAAUGAAGCAACAAGGGCAAGCACUACGGGAGUUCUUUGACUGCCUUAAUGAAGCCAUCAUGCGCCUGGUUGCAGUCAUUAUUUGGUAUGCUCCUGUGGGGAUCUUGUUUUUGAUUGCUGGAAAGAUCCUGGAAAUGAAGGAUUUAGCCCAAGUGGGCAGCCAGUUGGGCAUGUAUACAGUCUCAGUGAUUGUGGGAUUGCUAAUUCAUGGCUUGUUUGUCUUACCUUUACUCUUCCUUAUAGUCACCCGGAAGAACCCAUUUCUGUUUAUCGGUGGGCUUCUACAAGCCCUGAUAACUGCCCUUGGGACAUCUUCAAGUUCUGCAACUCUGCCUAUCACAUUCCGCUGCCUUGAAGAAAAUAUUGGAGUGGAUAAACGAGUGACACGUUUUGUACUUCCUGUGGGAGCAACAAUUAACAUGGAUGGAACUGCCCUCUAUGAAGCCUUGGCUGCUAUCUUCAUUGCUCAAGUCAAUAAUUUGGACCUGAACUUUGGUCAAAUUAUAACUAUCAGUAUCACUGCAACAGCAGCUAGCAUUGGAGCUGCAGGAAUUCCACAGGCUGGCCUUGUUACCAUGGUAAUCGUAUUGACCUCUGUGGGGCUCCCAACUGAAGAUAUUACUUUGAUCAUUGCUGUCGAUUGGUUUUUGGAUCGGCUGAGGACCACCAUCAAUGUCCUUGGUGAUUCUCUUGGUGCUGGCAUUGUGGAACAUCUUUCACAGCAGGAGCUGAAUAUUCAGGACACGGAAAUUGGCAAUUCAGUUAUCGAGGAAAAUGAGAAGCCAUAUCAGCUCAUUUGCCAGGAGAACGACUUACAGAAACGGCGGAAUAGUGAGACGGAGAUGUGAGUGCUGCCUGAUUGCUACCUCACAUCAUCACUCAUCAUUUUAUAUGUCUUUCUUCCUACAUUUAUUUUUUGUCCAACUUUCAUUUGUACUGGAUAUUUAGAAGAGAAGUUAUACAAAUCCAGAAAGAAAUUAAAGCAGAAAUAAUCAAAACAAACACAAAUGUGAGAGAUCAGCACCCUGUUGUCAACUAGGUUGUAAAUGUAUGUACUUGUUUAAAAGACAUGGACAUAAAACUCCUGAUUAGUCUGCACUUCACAGUCCUAAAAAGUUCAUUUGUAAGACUUGAAAUGCCUAUGAGUAUUCAAGCACAGCAUGAUGCAGUGGAAAGUGAGACCUCAACAUUUCAUAUCCAUGAAGAACCAAGAGAUGCCUUGUAUUAUUUAGCAUUAUGUGCUGUGUACAUUUAAUAACGGAUGGGCAAAGCAUUGCUGAUGUGAACUUUUUAGAGGAUAACUAUAUAAAAAAACUUUUACCUGCAUUAACAAACCAGCCUUAAAGCAACAUCUCUGCUUUUAUACCUUUUAAUACACAAGACUUUUUAAAUUAAGACUUUUUUUAUUUCUGUUUUAUUUGAGUUUUUUGUACCUAAUCGUAUAUGUGCCAUUCUUCUGACAAUGUGCAAGUUUGUAAGGUUAAAAAUUUUACUUUGCAUAUAAUAAGUGUUUAUUUGUGCUCAGUGAGCUACUAAUUUAUUAUCAGUGUAUAUACAUUAUUUACGAUAAAAUAUUUGUUCCCCAGACAUUUGUUUAUUUGAUGAGGAAGUUCUGAUGAGCCCAUCAGAAUGAUGCAGUAAAAUAAGGGGCAUGUUCUGUACACUUUGAAUUCAGCAUUAUGUCAUAACAGAGUAUAAUGAAUGGUUUCUUAAUAUGAAAUUGUUAGAAUCUGUUUUAUUUUAUUUCCUCUUUUAUGUCAUUUCAUAUCUGUUGACUGACAUCUAUUUUAUUGUAGUUUGUAGAUGACAGAGUAGAAUAUGACUGGUUGUUGUGAUUAAGGUAAAGUAGUUGUAAAGUGGCAGAUGAUUAUAAUUUGUGAUACAGCAUUGUAGGUUUAGGUCCAGCUGAUAUUCAGAGAUUCAGUGUCAGUAUUUUUAAAUUCCUGUCAAAGAUUUUAUAAAGUGACUACUGAAGAAGAUUCCCAGAUGUUAGUGGACAAUUUUUGUAGAGCAUUUAUUUUGCACACAUUGUCACUGACACUUUUUUUUUUUUAAUAGAAAUAUUGAGGGAUCGGUGUGUAGCUUAUGAAGUAAUUCACUGUAACUAACCUUCAGAAUCUGCACAAUCAUUUUUAGUAAUAUAGCUUAUUGAUAAUUUGUUUCUCUCAUUGGUAUUUAGAGUAAAAAGCCAAAAUAGCUUAAUAUUUGAAAUGUUUGACUCUCAUGUAAGCAUCCAAAUCCAUUACGCCAGUCUUCUAAAAUUGUUAAAGUCAACCACUGGAAGUGGAGUAAUAAGUUUAUCAUUAGGUAAACUUGUUAGUUGGGUAUGCUGUGGGAUUUAGUGACUGUGGAUUGAGACUAGGUCAGGAAGUUAUUCAGGAGGACCUAAAGACAACAUUUCAUUGAGUCAGAUGUUGAGCACAGGUGUUUGAGACUGGAAAUGGCAACCAUUAACUACACCUCUGAGCCUGGGCAAUCGAAAAACAAAUUCCUUAAAACAUUAGAUUACAUAAUCUUGCAUAUAAUUUAUUAUGUUGCACUUAAUUAGGUAUAGAAAACUCAGUAAAAAAACUAACAUACUUUCAGAUGUCAAUCAUUAAGUCAAUGAUAUAAAUAAGAUUUUUUAUGAAUAUAAAAGAAACUGAAGAAAAGUGAUGUAUUAAUUGUAUGCUGUCAAAGUGGUAACAAGCUGCAUUGAGUGUAGUUUAUUUGCAUACAAAAAGUUUUUGAGAUUUGAUAUUUCUUCAGCCUUUCAAGUAUUUCAGGGGUUUUGGGACCAAUGUUAAAGCACAGCAUUGUUGCUCUAAAUAUUUGUUUUACUUGCUGAAAUGACAGUUGUUGUGUGCCUGAUACAUUUAGAAUAGUAAAUUGUUUUUUAGAUGUUGUGAACCUGCUACCCCAGGAUCAAUAGAACAGACCCUACAGAGGACACAUUUUAGAAAAACAGUAACUGAAAAGACAUUCUUUACUUAGAUCUGUUUAUGAAUUUGAAUGUUUGAGUUCUUUUUUUCAUUUACAAGUAUAUUGGCUCAAGUUUAUAUUGUUUUCCAGCAUUUAUUUAUUUUUUCUUGAUGAAACAGGUAUUAUAUAUUGUUCUCACAUGUGGCUGGCUGAAAAAUACCAAAGAAGUGAUUGGUUGGAAACACACAGCAGUGGUAGACAAUCAAGAUAUUUCCAAAUAUUUCAUGAUAUGGCUAUUUUUUUUCGUUUUUGCCUAUAGCUUUUAAACUUUUAAUAAAACAAAACUAGUGCAGCUUGUUUGCAUUUUUAUUUUAAGUUAACUGGUAGAUUUACAUUACCAUCUAGCUUUGCUAGGACUACAAAAUAUAAAAAUGAAAUUAAAAUAAUAUUCUUAAAUAUGCAUAAUCCAGUGCAGUGUUGUAGGGUUGCAGUACCUAUACUAGUAGCAGUGCGUGCAAGACAGAACACAACCCUGGAUAGGGCUCUAGUUUAUAACAGUGUCCACCCACACACAAAUUGUCGAUUUAGAAUCUUCAAUUAACUUAACAGGCAUUUCUGUAGGGGUUGUAGGAGGAAAAUGCAUGUGUUCUUGAGGACAGCAUAUAAAAUUAAACCUGAAGUAACAGAUUGGUGGGGCAGCAGCUUUAACCAUUAUGCCAAUGUGCCACUCUCUUUUUGUUCUGCUUAGUCUAAAUAAAUGGCUAGUAUAAACUUGCCAGCAUACAUCCUUUUUUAACUUUUUUUUUUUUUUUACACUUCUAUAACUUUGGCUGUGGAGAACCUAUUUUGCAGGUUCUGUCAGUUGCCAUAAAAAUGUUGGGUUUUUUUUCAUACUAAGUAAUGUAGUCAUUUCCUUUAUAAGAGGAUGUUUAUCAUUAAUCCUUAUUGUUUCCAAAUUAGUUUCAGAAUGAAUUACAAAAUGGCACACUAAAAGGGGAACAGUCUCUUUUAAUAGAAUAACAUACUUUCUCAUUUGGAAGUUUGUAAAAAUCUCUGCCGAAACAAUGUAGCUAUUUUCAUAUAAAUAACCAGAAAAGAGCAGUCCAGUGACAUCCCUGGUCUAGUAUUACAUUGGAAGAAGUCAAAAACUCAGGAAUCAAUAUGUCAGUUGGGAGCAGGCUGGAUUGCAUGGCUUAGCCUAUACUUUGCCUUCACCUCAUUGAUUCUUGGGAUUUUAAGUUCUCAAGCGCAGUACUAAACUAGUGACAUAACUGGUUAGUGCUUUUCUGGCAAAUUAUAUGAAGAUGGCUGAAUUAUUUCAUGCCAUGAGUUUUUAAGCUUCCAGUUGAAAUAACUUUUUUUGCUAUUAAAAUAUAUAAAAAUGUGACUGUUCCCCUUUAAUAUUUGGUUUUCUCUUAUUUAAGUCAAUCCCAAACCCACUUAAAUCACAUUAGGAUUGCAGAGGAGGAGAGCCAACAGUAACUUGGGGUGCGCUGCAGGAUAUAAACCUAGACAGAGUGUUAGUUAAUUGCUGCUCCCACUCACAUGGCCAAUUUUGAAUCCCCAGUUAACCUAACCUGCAUGCUUUAUUUACAGAUGUGGGAUGAAAACCCACACAUACAUGUCAAAAAUGUACAAAGUACACACACACAGCAUCUGGAUUCAGGAUUCAAAACUGUGAUAAUAGAUUUGUGAAGCAGCAGGGCUAACUGCUGGGACAUCAUGUCACCUCUCAUUUUUGAACAUGUUUUCAUUUUUCGUGCCAUUUCAGUGCUUAAUUUAAAGAGUCAUUAAUUAAAGCUGUUGAAUAGUUAAUCAUAAGCUUUAUGUCAAAAAUUAAACUUGAUUGACAUAGUUCCCACUUUAGUCUCUGUUGAUCAAUAAUACACUCCAUGCACAGCUCAUUUUUUAAAAUAGAUUAUAGAAGAACAGAAAGCACCUUUCAAACUAUGACAAAACCAUCUCUAUUAUAAAAUACAGUGAGACAAUAAAUACUGCUAAAGUUAAUUGUCAGUACCACUAUAUUUGGUAGUGAUAAGAGAAUAGAUAUCUAUGUUUGUGACUUGAAUGUACCAUAUUACUACAGCAGCGCUCUUCUCAAAUUAAUAUUUUUGUGUAUUUUUAACUAAUGUUUUAUCUACGAGUAAUUAUCAAAAUAUUGCAAAUAUAUGAAGCUGAAUUAGCAUUAAUUUCUGAUUUACUAUCUAAAGGAGAUUCUUAAGUAAUCUCUGACAAUUUUCACAGCACUACAUUACAAGUCUGUAAGACAAGUAUCCAUAAAUUAUUAACUCUUCCUUAUACAUUCCUAUCUGUUAUAGGCUAUAGUGAACCAUUACCCUGCCUAUAUAAUUUUUAUAUUUCCAUGCAGUGAAAUAUAUAGGUUUUGGUAUUCCUUUCAAUUGAAGCUGCCAUUUUUUCACCUCUCACAUUUUGUGCCAACAUUUUCUGGCUUUCCUCCCUUUUAAAUAAGAUAAAUAUAUGUAUCUAACUAUUUUGAUGGUUUAUCUCACAUGCAGGGCCAAACUUUUCAAUCAAUGAUAUAGAGGCUUCAUUUACUUGCUGUUUUGAAAACUUCAUAAGGCAUUAUUGAUGUUGCUGCCAGCUGUGGAAUAGUAUAUCCCUGAGUGGUUGCUGUAGAGUAGUGUGUUAAUGAGUAAAGUGACCCUUUCCUGCCUACGUAAUAAGAUAUUUUAUGUUGGUGUUCAUGGGUAAAAUAAGAUAAAUAGUUUACCUUCAGUUUUGCAAAACUUUAUUUUCAUUAUCAAGUACUUAAGAGUGGUGGUGUUAACUUUGACUUUUCCUGAUCUUUUAGGUGAACAUUUUUGUACUUUAAUAAGACUGCAUUGACAAAAUUUUAACUGUAUCAAAACGAUGGAUGUUUUCAAUGUUUCCUCAUGUUUAUACUUGAAAUUAUUUUCUACUGUAUAUAAAACAGAUACUUUUAUUUUGUAGAUAUGACUCUAAAUGGGGUUUUUUUAAUAUACAAUAUGUAUACUGAGAUUGUUAUUGCUUGCAUUUCUGAUUCUUUACCUUUAUAUUAUUUUUUGUCGUUCAGAUUUCACUUCAGCCAUUGCAUUAAGGGAUAUGGUUUGUGCUGCUGUGUUUAUAUUUCUUUUCAGUGGAACUACUCAUGUUUCAUACGCAGCAAUCAAAUCACUUGAUUUUGACCUUUUAUUUAAUCUAGGUGGCAAUUCACCACUUCUUUUGGGGAAAGCAUGGUGUAGGCACAUCAUGGUCAUAACAAGAUGAAAACAGUAACAUAAUCUGCUUUCCCUCAGCAUCCUCCCAAAGGGCUAUAUAGUGGUACACUAUUGUGGGAGCAUAUUUAAGGAUUUGAACAUUUUGGCCCCACUGAAGUUUAGACUGGUGGCUGACCAACUGCAAAUGGUUUACCUGGCCCAUAAAAAAUGGCAGUAAUAAACAUGAUGAGAUCUGAAAGUGAUCCAGAAUCUAUAAGACCCAAGUGCACUUCCCAGAACUAGAGGAAUUCCCCAGACUAUACAUUUGUAAAUGGAAUCCACACAGUAGGGCUAUAAAGUUUCAGAGUGUCCUAUUGUCUACUUUAUCAACAUUAAGCCAAUGAAUGUAGCCUAAUUUCUUUUGUACUGGUCUGAUCUGAUCUGCCUGAUGGGUCUUGGAAAGUGUGUCAUUGAAAAAAAUGAUGCUGAUUUGCUUGAAAUGUCAUGUGUACUAUGACUACUACUGUUGAGUGAAACUUGGAUGCAAGGCUUGCAUAACAGAUUUGAUAUUUGCAAAACCAAGACCGGCUUGUCAUCGUGCGAGAUGUGUUCAGGAUUUGCUGUAAAAUGUCAAAAUGACUUGCCUUACCCCAUCACUCUAAUAAGACAAUUUUCCAUUUACCACCUUUUUACAGCUGAAGAUGGUUAUUAUUGAAUGGUUUUGCUAUGGAGUGAAUCACCAGUAUACACCGAAUGCUAGUACAGAGCCAAAAGUAAAUUUCAGCUAGUGGUACAUCUAAGGUGAUGUUCUUUUUCUCUGUGUGUGUGUGUGUAUAUAAUAUAUAUAUUAUUGCCUGUACAUCUGUAUAUAUGGUAAAUAUUAUUAAAAAGUAAUUGAUCCAGUCACACCUGAAACCAAAGUGACUGGUAAAAUUGACAUUGAGUACUUACUAAAGCUAUUUUUACUUGUGUUAUCAGUCCAUAAUUGUUAAGCUCUGCGGUUGUGCAGAGAUACUUGGCGAAAAUCUUGAUGUAAAUGUGAAUAAUAUGUUUUGCUGAAUAAAGUAUUUUGAAAGUUCUA